CAAGAAUCGACCUGGCGGCGGUGGUGGUGAAGUUUCCCGGAGUAGAGUAGAGGUCAAACGGGAGCGCGACUUGGGAGUCACGGCUGUUUUAAGAGCCACCGUGUGGGUAUUGGGAGUCUGGAUGAAUGAAAAGUGCAUUUAACUGUUCUCUUUAAAGAUUCGGCUGUUUGAUGCGGAGAUUACCGACGUGAGCCACCACGCAAUGAAAAGAGACACUUUUCCGUCUCACACCGGUCCCAUGCAGGAGUUGUAACUAGUGACCCGCUUCUCAGAAGCGCAGAAACUUCAGGGCAAGAAAACCGUAGGAAGCCGAGCUUAGAGAGAAGUCUCUGUUUCCUGGAAGACAGAGCGCACUAAGCUGGACAGAGCAGCUUCCGGCGCGGGUCGCGUUGCCGUGGAGACGGGGGAGGAGCCGCCGUCGGCGCAGGGCCGGAAACUCUGGGCUGGGGCCCUUUGCUACCACCUCUGUCUAGCGUCUGCUGAGGAGUCACCUCCCUCAGUUAUAAGAGGAAGUUAAAAGGCUUUGGUUCAUCAAUAACCUAGUCACAAAAAUACAUAUCAACCACUGGUUGAAUUUCCAUCAAGAGGAAAGAAUGGAGAAGAAGAUUGGUUCCAGGUCUUUUAGGGAUGGUGUGGUUAAGAAACCUUGUUCUCCAAAGACCCUGCCCCUCAAAAAGUCUUCUGCCUUCUCUGGGAUCCAGAGGGAGCCAUCUAGAAGCUGCCACUCUAUAUACUAUCAUGCCUCACAAAACUGGACUCGGUACCGAUUACAAGAACUUCGAAUCAGGUGUGUGGCCAGAAAGUUCCUGUAUUUGUGGAUUCGAGUGACUUUUGGAAGAGUGACUCCCUCUAGAGCCAGGAUUUUCCAUGAGCAGAAAAUAUUACAGAAGGUCUUCGGAGAAUGGAGGGAAGAAUGGUGGGUCUCCCAGAGGGAGUGGAAGCUCUGUGUCCGAGCUGACUGUCACUACAGAUACUACUUGUACAACCUGAUUUUCCAGAACUGGAAGACCUUUGUGCACCAGCAACGGGAGAUGAGGAAGAGGUUCCGAAUAGCUGAGCAUCAUGAUACGAAGCAGAAGAUGUGCCAAGCCUGGAAGUCCUGGUUGAUAUACAUGGUUUCUCGUAGGACCAAACUUCACAUGAAGACUACUGCUCUAGAGUUUAGGAGGCAGAGUGUCUUAUGGGUUGGCUGCGAUGGCAAGAACAGCUUCUAAUUAGCCAGCGAGAUAGGAGGAAGGAGGCCACUGCUGUGCAACACUAUCAGCACUGGCAGAAGCAGAGAUCUCUGAAGGCUUGGCUUAAAUACCUCCAAAUCUGCAGGGUGAAGAGAUGGCAGAAUGAGAUGGCUGUACAAUUCCACCGUGCUACUGUGCUCCAGAUACAUUUCUGUGACUGGCAGUGGGCCUGGGAGUGGAGGCAGAGCUUGUCUGCCCACCAGGCCCUGGUGGUGAAGCUGGCCGGGAGGAUGGUCCUGCGGAGGGCCUUUACACACUGGAAGCACUACAUGUUGCUACAGGCAGAAGAGGCUGCCCAGCGCGAGGCAGCAGCUGAACACCGCCAGCACUACCUGCUGGUAAGAGCCUGGGGCAGCUGCGGAGGCGCGCGCUCAGGGCUCCUGCGCUCAGGGCUCCUGCGCCAUAGCCCCUGAGUGGAGCAGUUCUCAGUUAGCUGUAGUCUGUGCUUGCAUUUUGAAGCUGAGAAAGUAAUGAGUAAAGUCAGAGAUUUGGAGUUGAAAGGGGAACUGACCCUGGGUCUUUACACAGUAGACCUCUUUUGAGUGGCAGAGAUCAAAGUCUUGAUCUUAAACCUAAGUCAAGGUCUGGGGAGUUGAUUCCUGUUUUGUGGGCUGCCUCUCCUGUAGGAGCUGGUCUUCAGAGGCUUUUAGGAACCUCUGGUGCUCCACAGAACACAGUGAAUACCCCUAGCUCUGUCUAACCACAGAACACAGUGUGAAAACCCUUAGCUCUGUCUAAUCUCUUCUCUCUGGUACUUUGCUUAUAUAGUAUGUAUGCAAUUGGUGACAGAGUUGGGAAUGUGGCCCCAAGGAUUCCGUCCUAGUGUCUUUUUCUGUUGAAAACAGGUUGGUUUUCCCAUGUAAGUUAAUACAAGGAAUACAGUCCUUAGGAGACAGGAACAGAUACCCAUCUCACAAAUAAUUGUAGAUUCUGACAAGUUGACAAUGAGUACCAACCAUCACAGAUUCACCUGAGAUCAUUCUGGCAAACUGCUUUUAUAAUUACGUAAAUGUAUUACAUUACAUUAACUCUUAUGUGGUUCCCAAGUCUGGGAUUAGAGGCAUGUAUCACCAUGCCCAGCCAACAUUCAACCUCUUAGAAUUCUUUUUCAUAUGGGUCAAGGGAAGUCCCCCAGUUAGAGGCAACGCUGUGUUUUUUGUGUGAAGGCAGUGUUACUGAGCCUGCUGGGUAAGCUAGUUUCUAUUAGGAACUUGGUAGCAAAACUGCAGAGAACUGGAGCAGUCCCGAACCACAGUGGCUUCCAGUGAUGCUUUCCUUGUUCACACUUCCACAGCUCCUAAUGCACCUUUAUAACCCCUCUUGUCAUGUCUCUGGGUAGUAUUCUUGCUUUAGAGCCUUCAAAGACAACGUGACCCAGGCCCGACUACAGCAAACAAGAAAGAAGCUUGCUCAGCAGCUGCGUGACACUACAGUAAGACUCUCCUGGCCCCAACCCCAGACAGGGCUCUGCUGUAUGGGUAGCUCCGGGUGGCCUCAAGCUCACUGUAUAGUCUGUGCUGGUCUAGAAUUCACAGUCCUCCUGAGUCCUGAAAUUACAGGUGUACUGUGCACAGUACUUGAUUUCCUUUAGACUCCAUAAUCAUACUGCCUGUUUCCAUUGUUAGUCUGUACCUGCUGAUAGAGAAAUUUGUUUUAGCCUCUUUAGUGUUCCCUACCCACCCCGUCCUACUACUGGAGUUUGCUAAGAAAACCAGGGCUUGAUUUGGAUGUUAAGGACUGGCUUUUCUCUUGACCUAGGGUAUUGUUAGACAGUAUAGACCCCACGGAGUCCUGUACUUGAAAGGCUGUUGGUAUGUUUCCCCCAUAGGCAGUUCCCUUCAAUGGUUUGUUGAGCAGGGGCAACAAUUCUCUUCAUUGGUUUUAUUUCUGAGUGUAGAUUUUUUUAAAAUGAUUAAGCACAUGAUCUACAUACUAUGUAGCCUCAACAUUCAUUAGUAUUUUGCCUCAAAAUUUUCCCUAAAUGACUUCAAAGUAAAUUAUAAACACUUUGGUAUGCAUCACCCCCAAACAAGUAGUUUUACAUCGCAGGACCAUCCAGGCCAUUUUCGGAUUUUCACAGUUGUCCUUGAAAACAUCUUCUCAAGCAGUGUUACACUUCAUUGUUAUUCCUCCUUUGCCUGUCUGAAGACAGUCUUGCUGUAUAGCCCAGAUUGUCUCCAUUUUCCAUCUUUCUACGUUUCUUCCCCCUACAUCUUAGUUAUUAUGUCUCCUCAGCCCCUACUCUACAGAAGUGUUCUCUCGAGCCAUACUCUGUAUUCUAAUUAAGAAGUCUCAGGCUUACUCUCUCUUGUUCUUUCGCCUCUCGUUUUCUUACUCUCUUUCCUCUUGCCCCCUUGCUCCCCUCUCUCCUCAUCCCCUUCUCCCCUCUCUCCACGUGGUCAUGGCCUGCCUCUGCUUCUCUAGUCUCUCCUUCUCUCUGCCUUUUCCUGCCUCUACUACUCUCUUAACUCCCCUCCCAUGCCCUAAAUAAACUCUAUUCUAUACAAAAAGAAAAAAAAAUUCUCAGAGCUACUAGAAGCAUCUUUAAACUGGCCCAGAUUAUGUCUCCCUAGGCCAGCUGCUUUGAGUGAGCUGCCCCAAAGUGGGGCAAUGCUUCCUUUGGGGACUCGGAGUGAGCUGGGAGUCAGCUCUUACACCAGGAGCCCUCUCUCUUCUCAUCAGGAUAAACUCAGUUUUCUUCCUGUAGUUGCUUCACAGGUUCUGGAACCUCUGGCAGUCUCGAAUUGAGCAGAGGGAGGAGAGGGUACAGACCCCCUCAUUGCAUGCAGCCCUGAGCCACUACAGGGUGACAGUCCUACACAAGUGUGUCAGGGUGUGGCUACGGUAUGUGCACAAGAGACAAUGGCAGCAGAGGGACAUUAGAGAAGCAAGUAUUUGCUCUCUGGAGGCAGAAGAUGUCUCAGCAUCGAGAAAACUGCUUGGCAGAGAGAAUGGCUAUACUGCAGGCAGAGCAGCAGCUUUUGCGUAGGUUCUGGUUCGUGUGGCACCAGCAGGCAGCAGUGUGUCAGCUGGAGCGACAGCAGCAAGCCAUGGCCAUUGCCCACCACCACAGUGGACUGCUCAGGAGGGCUUUCUGCAUCUGGAAGGAAAGCACCCAAGGAUUUAGGAUAGAGAGGAUGGGCAGGGCACAGGCUGCGCACUUCCACUCUGCACAGCUCUUGAGUCGGGCCUGGAGCAUGUGGAGGGAGUGCCUGGCCCUGAGGCUGGAAGAGCAGCAGAAACUGAAGUGUGCGGCCCUGCACAGCCAGUGCAUCCUGCUUCGCAGGGCUCUGCAGAAGUGGCUGGUUUACCAGAAUAGGGUGAGGAGUGUUCUGCGGGAGGUGGCGGCCAGGGAGAGACAGCACAACAGGCAGCUGCUGUGGUGGGCGUUACAUCUCUGGAGAGAAAACACCAUGGCCCGUUUGGAUGGAGCCAAAAAAACCUCUCAAGCAAGAGUUCACUACAGCAGGACUCUGUGCUCCAAGGUCCUCGUCCAGUGGCGAGAGGUUACUUCAGUGCAGAUAUAUUACCGACAAAAGGAGGCAGCUGCCCUCAGGGAGGCCCGGAAAGCACUGGACAGGGGUCGUCUCCAGAACUGGUUUCAGCACUGGCGAUUCUGCAGCCAGAGGGCAGCCCAGCAGAGAUUCCAGCUGGGACAGGCGGCUCAGCAUCACCACUGGCAGCUGCUGAUGGAAGCAAUGGCCAGGUGGAAGGCACACCAUCUGGGGUGUAUCAGAAAGAAGUUUCUGCAGAGGCAAGCUGCCCAACUCCUGGCACAGAGACUCAGUCGGGCCUGCUUCUGCCAGUGGAGGAAGCAGCUGGCAGUCCGGAAGCAAGAACAGUGGGGCACAGCCCGGGCCCUGUGGCUCUGGGCCUUCUCACUACAAGCAAAGGUGUGGACUGCAUGGCUGGGCUUCGUACUUGAGAGGAGGAGGAAGAAGGCACGGCUGGAACGGGCUAUGCAAGCCUACCAGCAGCAGCUCCUACAGGAGGGUGCCACACGGCUUCUGCGCUUCACAGCUGGUACGAAGGCCUUCCGGCAGCAGCUCCAGGCCCAGCAGCAGGUCCAGGCAGCCCACAGCCUCCACUGUGCAGUCCGCCACUGUGCUGAGCUCUGGAAAAAGAAGGUGCUUGGUCCAGGCAAGACUUCUCAACCACCAGCACCCACCACAUUCAGCAAGAGAGUGACAUUUAAGGAUUCUUUCCUCUCUGGACAUGCUGCGGAGGCUGGAGAUGCUACCCAGGAGACAAAGAAGCUUCGAGCUCCUCCAUCUCAGGGAGUCCUGGGUAGUUUGGCAGGAGCUGCUGGGGAGCCCUGCCACCUAGACCUCAAUGCAGCCCGCUCAUCACGGAAACAGCCCCGACGUCCAUCCUUCCUGCUUGAGCGUUUGGGGAGUCAGAGGUCCCCAGAGUGGUACAGCCUUGGGGAGCAGCAGUUAGAGAAGCCCCCAGAGGAGGAAAGCACGGCUCUGCUGGGAGGCUCUUCCCUGACAAGACCCUUCCUACCUGGGGUCCUGCCGAAUGUUCCUGGUCCGAAGCUGCCUCCUACGGCCAGUCCAGGCCUGGAGCUGCUGCCUCCCUCCUCCAUCAUGCCCCAUGCGGCAGGAGGCACUGCUAGGGUGUCAGCGAAGCCCAGCAUCCCUGGGCCUCAGCCUUGGGGGUGCCCGUCCUUACCCAGGGACCUUGAUCCCCAACUCCUCCCUGGAGAUUCCAUAAGCACCCGGACUGAGCCUGUUUAUGGCUCAGAGGCUACAGGCCACACAGAGCUUGAGGCUGAGUUGGAGGGGAUCCAGCAGCAGUUACAACACUACCAAACCACCAAGCAGAACCUUUGGUCAUGCCAGCGACAAGCCAACAGCCUGCGUAGGUGGCUGGAGCUAAGCCAGGAGGAGCCGAAAUCCGAGGACCUUCACCUAGAAGAGCAGGUGAAAACAGAACUGGAGGAGGUAAGACCAGGUCAGCCCAGGGCCAGCCCCUGGCUGUCCUUCCUUUCAGCUUGCCUUGUCCCUCCCUCUCGCCCAUGUCCCCAGGUGGAACUACAGGUCCAGCAGCUGGCUAAGGAGCUUGAGGCCCAGCGUCAGCCUGUUGGUACAUGCAUUGCUCGUGUUCGGGCCCUGAGACGGGCACUGUGCUAGUGGCCCGUCCCUGGGGGAUAGGUGCUAUCCUUCACAAGGCCUGGGACACCCUCAACAACAAAAUUCAAAGCUAUGGUAGUUUUUGUUUUGUUUUGUUUUUUAAUUUCAAAAUGUCUUGCAAUGAAAUGAAUUACUGUUCAGAA